AUGGCCUUUGCUACGUCCUGGUUUCAAACCGGACCAAGCUCAACGACAUCUCUGCGCGUCCUCUGUGCUCGCAGGGAUCUGGAAGAAAACAACGAUCCAACAAUUCACGCGCUGUCGCAAUAUCUUAUCUCGCAUGGCGUACACGAGGAUCGGAUGUCCUUCGCACUCAUCCACGAGCACCCUUCCCAAAACACACUCCUAAAAGCUGUUACUACUGAGAUCGAACGGCGGUACAAAAGCAUGGAUGUGGAGGAAGCAGAACCAGCAUUAAUCGACCUCCAACGUGAUGAUUCUCAACGCGACAAAACACUUGGGAAGGAGAACGCCAUCCCAAUCAAGCGGACCAACACACCGAAAGCGGCAGGAAACAACAACAACACGACGGAGACGAUCCAUCAAGAAUCAAAACGAAAUGAGAUCACUCGCGCCAAUCAGGCUAAACAGGACAAAAGAGACAACAACAGUAAUCGCGGUUUUAUGCCUGGAAUUCCAAGACUGAAUGGUCUUCCCUUCGUUGCUUUCACGGCUUUCGCGUUAGAUACUCUUCAGCUCCCCAAGAUCCUGUUCAAUGCAGGUGCCUUAAGCUACCUCCUGUUCUCGAUAAAACUUCUCUGGAAGGUCUCAACGAUGUUUCAAAGUCAACCCCAUGCGAUUGCUCUCGGAUUUGUACCUCCCAGUGUUCUGAUGUUCACACUUGUCCAGCGCUAUGCCCCAAUUCAAGUUUGA